UUCCUGUUGGAUGCACCGAGCCUUGGGAUUUCAGAGAUUGUGGCUGGCUGCCUUGUUUAAGGAGAUGGGUGAAUUCCUGGAAUUGUUGUUGUGUCUUUGUGCAAGAAUUCUCAGGGGAUUCCUUACAUGCCAGGGGCAAAUUUUGUCAGGAUUUUAUUCUUCUACAUUGGUGAGGAAGAAUCACACGAUUGUUUCAUAA